ACAAACACGAUAAAAAUCUCAGAUCCCUUUUUUGGGGGGACUCGGGUGGUGGCUCAGUGGUAGAGCGCUCGCCUAGCACGUGUGAGGCACUGGGUUCGAUCUUCAGCACCACAUAAAAACAAAUAAAUAAAAUAAAGGGUAAACAACAACAAAACAACUCAGAUCCCUCUCAGCCCAAUUCCUGAGGCUAAGAGAAGGAGGAAAGGAUAGAACACGAGCAUGUUUCCAAACUAUACACAGCCUAGAGUGCUUCUACAAAUGCCUCAGUUUCCCAAUAUGUGACCUGCGGGCAUUUGUCUUCUACCACGCCCACAUCUGACCCCUGACAAGUGCCUCUCUGUUCAUCCCCUCAAGACCCAGGGAGUCAGCCCUGGGUGGGGUUGGAACAGCAGACAGUCCAAAUACAGAAGAGGGAGUAUAAGCCAAGAAUGCAAAGGAGAAGGGAAGGGAGACAAGGCAUUCGGCCCCCACAAGACUAGUCUGGACAUGCUAGGUGCUCCCAGGUAAUCAAGUAAUUGGACCGAUCUUGAGUUUAGAGGAGGGGUUGAAAGGUGAGAAAACAGGGCAGAGUGACCUGGGUCCUGAUGGAAGAGGUGACAGGAAGACUCCUGAGGUUCCCGUGGAGAAUUGAUCUGGACACAAGGGUGAAGGUGGGUCUGGAUCCGCCCCUCCUCAGCUUCCUAUAAGGGCAGAGGACCAGGGACUGCAGGUUCACACACCAUGAGACCAUCCACAAGACAGGGGACCUUUCUGCUGGCCUCCACUGUGCUCUGCACCCUCUUGAAUCUCGGAUGGCCCCUAAGCUGUGAGGUGUGUAAAGGCUCCGGGCACACGUGCAGCGGCAAAAUGAAGACUUGCGAGGCUGGCAAGGACGCAUGCGUGGUUCUCGUGAGCGAGUCCCGCACAAAGGGCCGGCAGGCAGUGAGCACCUUUAAGGCCUGCAUGAAGUUCAGCGACUGCUACUCAGGCUUCGUCUCCACCACCAUGAGCCCCAAUGACUACAUGGUAACCAACGCACGCUGCUGCCAGAGUGACGGCUGCAACAGUGGCUCCGUGCCCCCUCCCCAGAACAAUCGUACUGAGAAUGGCUUGAUGUGCCCCUCCUGCAUCGUGCCCUUCCAGGAGACGUGCCCGGGAACCCAGGCAGCUCGCUGUGUUGGCCAGGAAACACAUUGCAUCUAUUUUGCUGGCAACGUGCAGGCUGGUAUCAUCAACACCAAAUUUGCCACUCGAGGCUGUGCUACAGAGAGUGCCUGCUACACAAAGGCUGGGGCCGAGGUGCCCUCAGCUUCCUACCUCUACUUCAUCCGCCGGGCAGACUGCCUUCCAGCUCCCUAUCCCCCUGGCCGGGCUGAGUGAAGACCUGAGGAAUAUAUGGCUGGAGGUCUCCUUUUGUUCUGCUCUGCAGCUCCCCUAUAAAUUAAACCAGUUCACAGAACAAGCCUGA